CGUGACGUAGUUCGCGCAUGCGCGCAGAUGUGUUUGUGCUGUCAUGGCGCUGAACGCAAACUACUGAUCUAGAGCUCUUCAUCGUCGCUACAGGGAGUCUGAUGUGGUCUAGAAGAGCGCAGUGAUGUCGGGAAAUAAAGCGGUGGAGCUGCAGACACAGAUGCGACAGAACGCAGAAGAUCUGCAGAACUUCAUGAAGGAGCUGAACAACUGGGAGGAAGAAAUCAAGAAGAAAGACCAGCAGCUCCGCGCCGGAAACAUCAGCGAACCGCCGAAGACGCUCCCGCCGGUGAGGAACAACGAUUAUAAGAAGACGAAGACGAGCGUGAAGCGCCAGACUAACGGCCUGAAGGAGCAAAAGGAGACGCAGCGCAUAAAAUCCUACGAUUAUCAGGCCUGGGACAAAUUUGAUGUGGAUAAGUCUCUGGAGGCCAUGGACGCGGAGGAGAGCCCGGUCCACUCCAACGAGUCGGACUCUGAAGGGCUUCAGGUGGACAGAGAUCUGGCGCUGACCGAGAAACAGAAGGGGAAUGAGUGCUUCAGGGACGGCCGGUACGACAGCGCCAUCGAGUGUUACACCAGAGGAAUGGACUCCGAUCCGUACAGCCCUGUCCUACCCACCAACAGAGCGGCCUGCUUCUUCAGACUGAACAAGUUCGCCGUGGCGGAGUCCGACUGUAAUUUGGCCAUCGCUCUGGACGGGAAAUACGUCAAAGCGUACAUCAGGAGAGCGGAGGCACGCACGGCGCUCAACAAACACCAGGACGCUCUGGAAGAUUAUGAGAUGGUUCUCAAACUGGAUCCUGGAAGCUCGGAGGCCCAGAGUGAGCUCCAGAAGCUGCAGCAGGUGCUGGGAUCGAGCGGACGGACGGAGGAGAAGAGCGAGAGCGAUGCAGAGCCGUUACAGCAGCUGCAGGAACAGGAACAGCAGAGGAAACAAGAAGCAGUCGUGCAGAAGGACAGAGGAAAUGCUUACUUUAAAGAAGGCAAGUAUGAGGCAGCGGUGGAGUGUUACUCCAGAGGAAUGGAGGCGGAUGGGACGAACGCACUGCUGCCUGCUAACAGAGCCAUGGCCUACCUCAAACUCCACAGGUUCAGCGAUGCGGAGCAGGACUGCAGCACGGCUCUCGCUCUCGACGCAUCGUACGCCAAAGCCUUCGCCAGACGAGCCACGGCCAGAGCCGCUCGAGGCAGGACCAGAGAGGCCAAAGAAGACUUCGAGCAGGUUCUGAAGCUGGAGCCGGGAAACAGACAGGCCUUGAGUGAGAUCGAGAAGCUCUCAGCGGAGAUGAGGAGCAGCGGUCUUCUGGCUCCAGAGGAGAACAAACAGAGGAGAAGCAUCCAGCCCAUCCACAAACCUGAACACCUCAGAUCCACCAAACCCUUGAGGAGGCUUGACAUCCAGGAGGUGGGUGCAGAGAUCUCACCGUCCACGUCUUCACCGCAUCCCAAGAUCCAGAAGAUAGAGGAGAUCUCAGACGCUUCUGUAUCCAGGGCCCUUGAGGAUUCAUCUGCAGAUGCUGAAUCGAUUCCUCCUCCACCCAGCAGCAGUUUCCAGCUGGAGGCCGACCUCAGGAAGAUCAGCCGCAACCCACAAGCCACUUACAGAUAUCUGAAGCAAAUCAGUCCAGACGCUUAUCUGAAGAUCUUCCAGAACUCUCUGGAGCCUGAUGUUCUCAACCACAUCCUCAAGACCUUCCACAGCUUCUUUCACUGGAAAGAAAAUGACUCGGAACGUGAAGAUGCGUCUCUUCUGCUGGCCGUCCUGAGGAGCCUGGCGAGCGUGAGGAGGUUUGACAUGACCGUCAUGUUCAUGUCGUCCGCCGAGAAGAAACGUACGAACACACAAACACACACAAGCACUGAACAACAGCGCGCACAGCGGCGAAUAAACACAAACUCUGUUCUCUCUGUCAGUCUUACAGGAGCUGUUUGACUGGAUUCACAGCGCCGGUCUGGGAGACGCUUCUGUUCCAGGCUUACAGAAGAAAUACGGCCUUUGACCUCUACAGAAAUCUCUCCUGUUUCGAUUUCUACAGUCAUUCUGACACUGGACUGAAAACUCAGUUUGAGGUGAAACCGAACCAGCUUCAGUGUGAAUGAAUCCGAUGCUCUGAUACCUCAGAAUGGACGCUUGGUGCCUUUAAACUCUGCUUUAUUUGGUUCCUGCAUGUGUGCAUGAGAUGAUAUUAUUAUAUGAGUCCAUCUAAAACGUCUGCCGUCGCUUCAUGUGUCUCGGUGUUAUUCUUCAGAAUCUGCUUCUGUAGUUCUGAAUGCUGCAGUAUUAAAGUCAACAUGAAAUCCAAA